GUUGAAUCCGUGUAGUACAGUGAGUCUUUACAGCACGCAGGGCUAUGGGUUUGGGAAGUGUAGUAAGCUGGUAGUACAGAACAAAUUCAAAAGCGCAUCACCGGCAAGCAUGCAGACCAGCAGAGUACUGCCAGCGCAAGACCGUGUCCUGUAGAGUCCGUGUUAGAACGAGCGCUAUUGGUUUAGUGUAUUUAAGGGAGAAAGCUAUACUGCUAUAUUAUUAUUCAUUAGUAAUUUACAGCCGCUUUUAUCCUAAGCGACUUACAGAGACUAGGGGGUGAACUAUGCAUCACAAGUACCUCCAGGACUCCUCUGUAACCUCUUCAAUUCAGUGCUGAAUAUCGACGGGCUCCUCGUCUACUUCCCCUAUGACUACAUCUACCCCGAGCAGUACUCCUACAUGCUGGAGCUCAAGAGGACACUGGACGCCAAGGGUCAUGGUGCUCUGGAGAUGCCCUCAGGCACAGGGAAGACUGUCUCUCUGCUCUCUCUCAUUGUUGCGUACCAGCGGGCAUUCCCUCUGGAAGUGACCAAGCUGAUCUACUGCUCCCGAACUGUCCCCGAGAUAGAGAAGGUGGUGGAGGAGCUGCGGAGGCUCAUUGAUUUCUAUGAGAAGGAGACAGGGGAGCGGAGCAGCUUUCUGGCCCUGGCCCUGUCCUCCAGGAAGAACCUGUGUGUGCAUCCGGAGGUGAGCUCCCUGCGGUUUGGGAAGGAGGUUGAUGGAAAGUGUCACAGUCUGACGGCUUCGUAUAUCCGAGCUCAGCGCCACUCCGACUCCUCAGUGCAGACCUGCCGCUUCUAUGAGGAGUUCGAUGCUCUGGGCCGGCAAGUCCCCCUACCCGCCGGGAUCUACAACCUGGAUGAUCUGAAGAGCUUCGGCAGGAGGAGGGGCUGGUGCCCGUACUACCUGGCCAGAUACUCUAUUCUCCAUGCUAACGUCGUGGUGUACAGCUAUCACUACCUGCUGGACCCCAAGAUCGCUGACCUUGUCUCUAAAGAGCUGGCCAAGAAAUCUGUGGUGGUGUUCGACGAGGCUCACAACAUAGAUAACGUCUGCAUCGACUCCAUGAGUGUGAACAUCACCCGGAGGACCCUGGAUCGAACCCAGAGCAACAUCGAGACACUGCAGAACACUAUCCAGAGGAUCAAAGACACGGACGCGUCACGGCUGCAGGAGGAGUACAGGCGACUGGUGGAGGGGCUGAAGGAGGCGAAUGUUGCCAGGGAAACGGACGUGUAUCUGUCCAAUCCGGUGCUGCCUGAUGAGAUCCUGCAAGAGGCGGUCCCCGGCAGUAUUCGCUCUGCUGAGCACUUCGUUGGGUUCCUGAAGAGGCUGCUCGAGUACCUGAAGUCUCGGCUCCGGGUUCAACAUGUGGUGCAGGAAAGCCCGCCGCAGUUCCUCAAGGACGCCUUCGAGAAAGUGUGCAUCGACCGCAAGCCUCUCCGGUUCUGUGCAGAGCGGCUGCGUUCUCUCCUGCGCACUCUAGAGAUCGCUGAUAUCGCUGAUUUCUCUGCCGUCACCCUCAUCUCCAACUUCGCCACGCUGGUCAGCACCUACAGCAAAGGUUUCACGAUCAUCAUCGAACCGUUUGAGGACAGGACCCCCUCCAUCGCCAACCCCAUCCUGCACUUCAGUUGUAUGGACUCCUCCAUCGCUAUCAAGCCUGUGUUUGAGCGCUUCCAGACGGUCAUCAUCACCUCCGGGACUCUCUCUCCGCUGGAUAUCUACCCCAAGAUUCUGGACUUCCGCCCCGUUACCAUGGCAUCCUUCACCAUGACCCUCGCACGGGCCUGCCUCUGCCCACUGAUCGUUGGCCGUGGGAAUGACCAGGUUGCGAUCAGCUCUAAAUUCGAGACGCGAGAAGAUAUAGCUGUGAUCCGUAACUAUGGUAACUUGUUGCUGGAGAUGUCCUCUGUCGUGCCCGACGGGAUUGUGGCUUUCUUCACCAGCUACCAGUACAUGGAGAACAUUGUAGCAUCCUGGUAUGAGCAGGGGAUCUUAGAGAACAUCCAGAGAAACAAGUUGAUCUUCAUCGAGACCCAGGAUGCUGCAGAGACCAGCAUGGCACUGGAGAAAUACCAGGAGGCCUGUGAAAACGGUCGGGGUGCAAUCCUGCUCUCUGUGGCUAGAGGCAAGGUGUCAGAGGGGAUCGAUUUUGUUCAUCACUUCGGCCGGGCAGUCAUCAUGUUCGGAGUCCCCUACGUGUACACACAGAGCCGCCUGCUCAAGGCUCGUCUGGAGUACCUGCGGGAUCAGUUCCAGAUCAGAGAGAAUGACUUUCUGACCUUUGACGCCAUGAGACAUGCAGCCCAGUGUGUGGGGAGAGUGAUCCGGGGCAAGACUGACUACGGGCUCAUGAUCUUCGCAGACAAGCGUUACGCUCGUGCUGACAAGAGAGGGAAGCUUCCUCGCUGGAUCCAGGAGCACAUCACUGACAGCAGCCUGAACCUGACCAUCGACGAGACUGUGCAGCUCUCCAAGCACUUCCUGAGAGACAUGGCUCAGCCCUUCCGCAAGGAGGAUCAGCUGGGUCUGUCUCUGCUCACUCUAGACCAGCUUCAGUCUGAGGAGAUGCUGAAGAAGAUCGCCCAGAUCGCACACCAGAUAUAACAACACAGUGUCUACACAAUACAAUCACACAACACAAUACAACCUGGCACACACAGAGCUGCAUUGUGAGAUCGUGCAGAUCGCAAAACACACAAUACAACACAAUCUACACAACACACACUGAUCUAACACAACACACAAUACAACACAAUCUACACAACACACAAUACACAGGAACUGCUCAGCACACACUCUCACCCAGUGCAGAGUGCAUUGCCAUUCAUCACAUCACAGUGACAGUGACUGCAGGCACCCUGAGCUCUCUUCAGGGUUUGGGAUUCUCCCAUUUGUUUGUAUUUAAUGUGUUUAUAUUUGAAAUAAUAAAAGAAGCUUUUUCUUACCCCAAUCUUA